AAAUGAUGAUCAUCUGACCUCAGGAUACUGCAACCAUCAUAAGUACAUGCCAAGCACCUGAAUUGGUCAUAAGAACACAGUAAUGCUGCAGUGGUUGCAAGGGUUCAAGCCACUAUAUCUGCUGAUUCCCAUUUGAACAGGACAGGACAGGACAGGACAAAACAACAGAGUUGGAAGGGACCUUGACGAUCUUAUUGUCCACUCCCCUGCUUAGGCAGGCAACGCAGAAGCUGUAUAAAUAGCCAAGUCUGUGCUAUCUCCAGUUUGAGAUAAUCCAAGCAUCUCAGAAGCGAGGCAUACAGCAGGGAGAGCAUCGAGCAGCUUCCAAAAUGAAAGAUGAUGUAUAUUUCAGACUCAAUCUCCUGAGCAAUCUUGGGAAGCUUGGAUGGAUUACAAUAAUACUUCAGCAAGGCUGCUGAUAUCCAUAAAGAGCUGUCACUAACCAAGCGGGAUAAGAGCUGGAGAGAAUGUUAUUCUUUCCACAUCAGAUUAAUUUGAAGAGCUGAUAUCCUGGAGAGGAUAAAACCUGAACAUUCUGAUGGAUUAAACUUUUAAAACGCUUUAUUAGUGGAAUGGUCUCUCUGAUGCCAGCAGAGGAAUGAAGAACUUCUCCAGGCUGAUGAGAAAUGGCAUUGCAAAGCUGGAGGAAAUAUUCCUCCCACUGACUGAAGUAGGAUGCACGCUAAGGCUUUGACUACUGGUGAAAGAUUGAAGCCUAGAGAAAACCUGCCCACUUGGCAGAGAAAGAUGAGCUGGAUAAUCUUCACGCCUUCCAAAGGGAAUUUAGUUUCUAUGCUGAAUCUAAUCGCUGUGGCAUGCUGGCAGAUUUUCUCCUCCUGAUGCACUACUGCAUGGUUACGCUGAGAAGAACGUUUGAGAAACUGGCAAACAAGAUGGUAAUUACUAAUGGAAAUGAAGAAGAAAAAGGAAAUCAAGAGAAGGAGAGCAAGGAGGAAUCCAUUCUCGCCCUGCUGGGGAUUAUUGGAACAAUUCUAAACCUUAUUGUAAUCAUUUUUGUGUACAUCUAUACAACAUUGUGAGUUGCUGAGGCAAACUGCUGAUGACAUCUGAGAAGAGACCUUGGCAAACCACUUAAUGAGAACUGACUCUUUAGUAUAUGAAAUGGUAGCAAAAGGAUUGCUUGCAGAGUGGAGGCUGAAGCACAUUAACUGAGCCAGAUUUUUGCUCCCUAUAGUUACAAGGAAACUUUAUUUUUUCUCUUCCUCUACUUUCAUUCAUUCUAGAGAAAUGUCUGCAAAUAUGUAAAUAUCUGAUUUGGGAAACAGGAUUUCAAUUCAGCCAAAGACUGGACACUAUCGUAAUAGUGACAAAUGUAUAGCAUUUCUAUGCCAAAAUGUAUACCACAGACAGCUAAAUAGCUUUCUUUCAUGUUUCAUUAGGUCAAAUCAUUUCUUUGGGGUUCUAGUUAGGUUGUGGCAAUUGGGCUUGUAUGAUGCAAUCACAAAUGAGAAACAGGAAGGGAAAGAUGGAUUCUGCUGAGUUACCUGAGCAAACAAAAGAUAAAACUUUGAACAAAGUAAGUAGCAUCACUUCUUUUUCAUUUUCUCUUAUUAUCUUGACAUCGGUAUCCAUUCAUACCAAUGUUUAUAAAUAUAUAUUUUUAAUAAAUGUGCUAUAUUUUUAGCAUGAAGUAAACUCGUUGGCCAUGCCUACAUUAUUUGAUCAACCUAAACCUAUCCCGUGAAAUAACUGCCAUCUCUUCCACCACACAUUUUUCAAAACUGCAUGUGUAAUGUCUUUUAUCUAAUGUUAAUGGAAGUUAAGGAGUGCAGCAAGAAAUUAACUUCAUAUUAAUAGCACUCAAUUGAGUAGCCAUGAAGGCCUUGCAAAAAAUAUCCAAAUAUCACGGUGGGUCUAUACCUACAAAGAUCAGAACUGUGAAAGCAAAGAUGUUCCUGUGGCAUUCUAUGGAAGCAGAAGUUGGACUUUGGAGAAGCAGGAUGAAAAGCAUAUUGACAUUUUUGAACUUUCGUGUAGGAGAAGAGUCCUGACAAUACCAUGGAUUUUGUACUAUUUCUGUUUUUAUGUAUGUUUUUAGUUUAUAUGGGUUUUUUUAUUAUUUUCCAUGAUUGUAAGCCAUCCAGAGUUACCUUAAGUUAAAAUGGGUGCUCUAUAAAUUUUAUAAAUAAAUAAAUGAAAUGGUAGCCAAGGAAGCAAAUGGAUCAUAGAACAAAUCAGAAUUCUCACUUGUGGCAAAUGGCCACAUUCAAAUAAUCAUAUUUUGGACCUGUUAUGUAAAGCCCUAGUUCCCUUCAAAUGGUCAGUUGAGUAUUCAGAGAUUGUUGAAGUUCAGUUCCCAUCAAUCUUCACCAGCAUAACCAAUGGUGAGAAAUUAGGAAGACAUUUUGUCCAAACUUUUCAGUGGUUUUCAUCUCAGAAUCCUUUUUCAAUGCUACUGUUUCCAAAAGAUAAUAGCUUUUCAGAGACUGAAAAGGACAAAUUUCCUAUGCUUUGCUAUCUAAGUCUGUAAAAUAGAACUUUUUGUUUAUCAUGGUCAGUUUUAGACAGAUUAAACCUAUACAUUUGAAAUAGCAAAUUUAGAUUACUGAGCUCUAGCCAAUGAUGCCCACACAGUAGGAAAAUCAGAUAGGAAGUAUGUUAGAUAUAGACUUGGGCUCCAAGCAGAGAUGGUAUUCAGCAGGUUCUGACCAGUUCUGGAAAACCGGUAGCAGAAAUUUUGAGUAGUUCGGAGAACCAGUAAAUGCCACCUCUGACUGGCCUCGUCCUCAUCUAUUCUCUGCCUCCUGAGACCCAGCUGAUUGGGAGGAAAUGGGGAUUUUGCAAUAGCCUUCCCCUGGAGUGGGGAGGGAAUGGAGAUUUUACAGUAUCCUUCCCCUGCCACUCCCACCAAAGCACGCCCACAGAACCGGUAGUAAAAAAUUUGAAUCCCACCACUGGCUCCAAGCCUUGCUGCUUUUCUGGAUACUGAAAACCUGCACAUUCCCAAGGGGUUGGGUUUGGAUCUGAACACCAUGUCCUUCCUCUUGUCUAUUUUGACCUAAUCUUGAAAACACUAUUGGUUCCAUCACCUUGCUUAUUCAAGCAUCCCAGCAGAUGGGUCUCUAUCCAUUGCUUGAACAAAUUUAAUGAGCAAGAAAACACCAUGUCCCUUAUUUAAUAGGCUCCACUGUCAAACAUAAUAUUAAAAAGUUUGAAUCUGUCUUCCUAACUGAAAUCUAUUAUCCAUCCUCUGCACUCAAAAAAUAAGAGGGCAUGGUUUCCCUUUCACCUGUGGGGCAUCAUUUGAGCCUUUGAAAGAGGACCAUCAUGUACUCCUCAGGUUUAUCUUCUUGGGGUUAAGUAUAUCUAGCUCCUUCAAUGUCUCUUCAUAAUAGUUUAUAGUCACCUGAUUAUUCUCACUGCGGUUUACUGAACUUGUUCCAUUUUCUCUGAAUCAUUCUGCAAACGUGAUGCCUAGAAUAGGAUACAAUAGUUUGAGGCUGACCAAUGCAGAAUGCAGUGAAAUGAUUACUUCCUUCGAUCGUGAAUCUAUAUUUUUGUUGAUACUACCUAAAUAACAUUUGCUCAGUUCUGAUUCAUAUUUAUAUGCUGUCGAUUUCUAUCUUUUUCAGAAGCACUAUUGCUAAGCCAAGUAUCCACAUUAUUCCUGUUCAUUUAAUUGUUUUUUUUCCUAAGGGAUGAACUUUGAAUUUGUGUCUAUUAAAUUUCAUCCUGUUAUAUUCAGAAUAUAAC